UGAAAUAUGCGGGGUGCAUCGGUCCGCAGAAAAAUAGGGUGGAAUCGUGCACCCUCGCCGCUCAUCGACGUCGUACUGCACUGCGCCUAGCGUCGCGACGCAGGCAAGCACACAGCUUCCACCGCCGCCUCUCUUCAUUUUCCCAGAUCGAUCCGACUACUGACAGGAAGCGUGACCAAUAGUCUGCCUGUGAUAGUUCUCCUACGCUGACAGUGUGCGUAACUCAGGGGGUUCGCACAGUCCGUGGAAAGGACGAAGCCGAAGUCCUAAAAGCAGCGGUGCGGUGCCCAGUCGAUACACCCCGGGGAGGAUCCGAGUGGUUUUCCUCGUGCCAAGGACGUCGGGGCUGUUGCGUAAGGGUGCCGCGUUCCUAUCAUGACAUCGUUGCACCGUCCUCGGGACGGACGGUCAGGAUUCCUGGGCUCCUGGAAGCAGUAGCAGCGCUCGAUCGAACGGAGGACCUUGUUUCGUAACACCUGGGGUGUUAGCCGCAGUCGCGUUUCAAUGUCAUACCGCGCCGAAGGCCAGGCCGAAAUGCACGCGAACCAUUUCGAAUCCUGUGCGUGACCAGCCGUCAGUCCUCCGAGAUCCCAGAAGUGUUGAGAGCCUAACGAACUUUUCCGUACGCGAGAGCUUGACAGCGUUAUCGAUCCUUGAUAUGUGGACAAGCUGGUUCGGUGCAGAUUAUAUUCAUAAAGUGAGCAUGUCCAGGAGAAAAUUGGGCGGCGACCGACAAUUCGACAACGUGGAUUACACACAGCUUACAGAAACCGACAAUGGUUUUGUCGAUUCCCAGUUCGUGAAUCCACCGGUAAAAAUACCAUGGAAAGCCAUCACGCUGGCGGCACUUUUGUUCGUUGGGGGUACUAUUAUGCUCAUCAUGGGUAGUCUAAUCGUGAGCGGUCACAUCGACUCGAAAUAUUCCGAUCGCAUGUGGCCGAUCAUUAUCUUAGGGAUUCUGAUGUUCAUACCGGGAGCUUACCACAUGAGGGUCGCCAUUUUAGCUUAUCAAAAAGUACCAGGGUAUUCUUUCGACGAUAUACCGGAGUUCGAUUAAUUAUACGUGAAUUUUUUUUACCGGGAAGUAGCUAGAAAGUUGAACGUUCGAUUAGCACGAAACUAGCACCGCGUCAAGCAACGUGAGUAUUGCUUAUAUAUUUUUCUGAUCACGUGAUCGACACUUGGAUUUCAAAGACUUCGGUAUACUAGAACGCGUGAGAAAACCCCAUGCACGGUGUUCAAUUCGCAACCAUGUGGUGGGAAUAAUUAUUUAUUUCUGUACAUAUUACGUAACGCACAGUUGCAUCGUUUUCGACUUGUAAGUACUUAGUGCUACCAACGAAGAAUUCAUUCUGUCCCCGAAAUGUUAACGGAAAAGACAAUUUUCUUGCAUUUUCAAAGAUCGUACGGACCGUGCUGAUUUCCGAUCCGCGAGUUGUUUUCAAAUAAAAAUGUUUUCUUUUUUUUGUAUAGAGCAUCGAGAACAUCUGUGAUUAAUAAACUAUUUUACAGUAAACGUCAGCUUUACGUGAUUAAUGUGCCUACAGGACAGUAUACAAUUGUUCGAUUUCAAAUGUCAGCGUAUUUGGAAUCGCGCGACACCUGCAGAAUACGGUGAAUGAAACGCAGUCGGGUAUAAAUAUACGUUUACACACAAGUAUACUAUAUUGUUAGAGCAAAAUGUUGUACAUGAUUAUAUAAUCUGAUUGCGAAAUGUUCAAGAACGACACAUUUUGAUCCAACGGUCGGUAGUCGAUAUAAGCUAGAUGCUAAAUUGUUAAUAAAACGAAUUCACCGAAAUUCAUCUGAAUGUUGAUAAUUAAAAAAAGAGUAUUUUUACUUUGUAAACGUCAUAUUCGUAAGAAGCUUCGAUAGCGUUAAAAAGUGAAAUAAAACCAACAAUGAUCUGUAAUAAAUUCUAUCAAAAAAUAAAAAAUAAUCAGUCGCGCAAAAGUUAAACGCUUUGCAUAAAGGAUCGCAAAUGAUUGCAAA